AUGGAAUGUUAUGUACGAAUUUCUUCCCAAGGAAAGCAGUUGCUUACACCCUCAUCACUAACUAUAUUUGCUGCACAAAAUCCUAUUCUUCCACUCACCAUAAAUGGAGCAUCCGGGGAUUUUAUUGAUUUAACCUUCAGCCGUGUGAGGCACUCAUCUCCUCGCUCAAGCACGUCGCCAUCUUCUUACUCGAGCGAUUGUCAUUUUGAAGAAGAGGCUGAUGGUAUCCUUAACACCCUCACUGUUUGCACUCCCUCUUCUAUAUCUGGCGUCAUCUCCACGGGUCGGAACUACUUUAUUCUUGACGUUAAAAACGCUACCGAUUUUAUUCUGUUACCGCAGUCACUGGAUUCUUGUGAACUAUCGACACGAUUUAAACGAGAAGGGAAAACAAACAAGAGCACACUACCAGGAUAUUAUUCCGAAUACAACGAUGGAAAAUGGCGAUAUGUUGAGUUAGCGCUUGUUGCAGAUUACUCUGUGUAUGCUAAGUAUGACAAAGACGAGGCGAAGGUCAUGGAGCGCCUCCAAACAAUUGCGCAUCAUGUUAACGCGCUCUACUAUCCUUUGAACAUACGUGUAACGUUAGUAUGGGUGGAUAUAUGGAAAGACGGCGAUAAGUUCGAGGUUGCCACAAGUGGAGAUCGCACUUUAGAUCGUUUUCUUAAUUACAGAAAGGAGAUAAUCAAGGCUCAUCCCAAUGACAACGCGCAUAUGUUAACUGACAUCCGUUUCGAAGCAAAUGUUGUUGGCAAGGCGUUCAAAGGAACUAUGUGUUCUUAUGAUUAUUCUGGGGGUGUUGAUGUGGAUCACAGUGAUAAUCCAGCAGUUGUGGCUGCAACAGUAGCUCACGAGAUGGGGCAUAACUUUGGUAUGGAACAUGAUGUGGACUAUGGAACUAUAUGCAGUUGUCCAGGAAAUCACUGUGUUAUGGCGCCAUCCACUGGGACAUCACCUCCAUCAUUUUGGUCCGAUUGCAGUCUUCGAUAUCUGUACAGCAGUUUCAAUCGCGGUGUUGAUCUUUGCUUGAAAAACCCUCCAGAGAAGAAUGUUGGUGGAGCAAAAUGUGGGAACGGAAUAGUGGAACCAGGCGAGGAAUGUGAUUGUGGCCGAGAGCAAUGUUCACACUCUUGUUGCGAUGGCACGACGUGUCGUCUGACGGGAAAUGCGGAAUGUGCAGAUGGAGACUGCUGCGAUCUUCUCACAUGCAAGCCGAAACCAAGGGCGACAUUGUGUCGAUCUGCUGUGGGUAUUUGCGAUUUGCCCGAGUUUUGCAACGGUGAUACAGCGGAUUGUCCUGCUGAUUUCUUCAUUCAAAAUGGAGAUGUUUGCCCAGGCAGAAAGGACGAGUAUUGCUACGAGGGUCAGUGUGGAAGCCGGCCAGAUCAGUGUGUAUCUAUUUGGGGGCCAACUGGAAAGGAAGGUGAUCGUGCCUGUUACCAACAAAACACCAAUGGAAUCAUACAAGGCAACUGUGGUUUUGAUGUACACACAAGGCAAUUCACGCGUUGCUUGGCCGAUGACAUCAUGUGCGGUCGUCUUCAGUGCGGUACUCAGGCUGAACGUCCGGUAUUCGGUGACCCUACAACUGUUACGUCUGCUUAUACUUAUGUGAGAGUCGGAACUGAGACUCACCAGUGUCAUGUUAUCAAAACUACUUACAUUGUUGGACAGAAGAAUAAACCGGAUCCUGGGAUGGUUCUUGAUGGUGCCGAAUGUGGUGAUCAUAAAAUAUGUGUGAACGCAAAAUGCAAGCCACUUAGUGAAGUAUCCAAAACCGUAUCUAAGUGUAAUGAUCAUUGUCACUACAGAGGUAUAUUGUUGCUUUCUGUUAAAUUGAGUGAAUUGAAUGUACUUAUGUUGCUUUGUUUUCUUUCUGGUAUCUGCAACAACGUUGGUAAUUGCCACUGCGAAAACGGCUUUGGCGGAAUUGCGUGUGAAAUUCCUGGCUUUGGAGGAUCCGUUAAUAGUAAUCCUUCAAGUACUACCAGGGGGAUAACACCCUCGACUGUUUUCUUGUUGCUUUUGGCAAUAUGCUCGAUAGCUGUGGUCUUGGUGUGCUUUUACUAUUGGUUUAGAAAGAGAAGGAAUCUUGCCGGAGAGUUUUGGGAAUAUACGAGGAAGACCUUGAAAUUACAUGGAGUGCUCGUACCUGUUCGCAAAGCACCACCGCCACCGAAGAGACAUAUGAAGAGGGAAAGUUUAAAUGCUAUGUGGGGCGAUGGUGGUGUGACAUAUUCUGUAAACGAGCGGCCUCCAACAUUUAUGCCUCCCGCAAUUCCGCUGAUGAAAAUUAAUGCUGGAAAUAUCACCCCUAGUACGAGGAGUCCAGAUCAACUACUUCCGCACGUCCCGGUCUCAGCUAACGGUACAAACAGCAAACCUCUCUUCACCAGGGUGCCGUCUACACGACCUAAGGAACCACCACCUGUUGUGCCGUUACGUCCACUUGACUCUAAAUUGGAGGAAUUGUACAAGGAGCGAGGAGAGGAAAUGGGCAUUAAGAGAGAUGCAGCCAAUUUUCCUUCUCGUGAUUUGACUACUCCACCACCGGAAGACCCAACUGUACCAAUGAAGAAAGGUUUUAACCGUCCGAUUCAAGCUCCACCUCCUCCACCUCCAUCGCAGCCGAAACUGGUUUUCAAUUCGGACAAACCAUCACGUCCAGCAAUACCGAAGAAGCCACCGAAAGUACUGAGUGGAUUAGAAGGCGCCGAUGUUCGUGCACUUGCAGCCAAAUUCGACUGUCAGCGCCGCGCAAAAUAA